AUGCCCCGCGUCCCCACCACCAAAGAAGUCCUCCCCGGAGCGAACGUGAACAUAGUCCUGAAAGCCGACCAACCCACCGGCCGCACCGUCUCAGGGACCAUCGCCGACGUGCUGACGCGGGGCAACCACCCGCGGGGCAUCAAGGUGCGGCUCACGGACGGGCGGGUGGGGAGGGUGCAGUCCAUGAGCACGAGCGCGGGGGGGCAGUCUUCAGACCCUGCUGCUGCAGCUGAAUUCUCCCGGGGAAGAGCUCCCCGGGACAGGCGGGGAGAGGCGGACGAGCCGCCGCAGAAUAUCGGGCUGGAUGCGUAUAUCACCCAGCCGUCGCGGCAGAAGCGACGGGCACCGACGGUGACUUGUCCGGUCUGUGGGGUUUUUGAAGGGGAUGAGGCGGCUGUCGCGUAUCAUGUUGCUUCGCAUUUUGAUUGA